GAACAGUACUUUGAUGGAGUUUGAAUUGGUCAGCAUUUGACCUCCCUCACUACACCCUUCCACUAUGACCAUUGACCGGUCCAAGCACAAGAAAACUCGGUUUCUCAGUCAAAUUCCACCCUCCUACUUUCUUUUCCACAUCCCUUUCUUCCCGCAAUCAAUCCUAAAAGGUCUCUUUAUAUUCAAAUGCUUCACUACCUACUUAACCAUAAUCCAGUUUUUCACCAUAUUCAAGUAGUUCAAGAAUUUCUUAACUAAAUUCUUGAUAUCGAAAACCCGAACCCUCGAUCAGGUCCUCCAAUCAUAGCUAACCUUGAGAAGGUUCGUGAAAACGCAAACGAGCAAACAAUAUGGAGAGCACAUCGACGUGGGAACAACAGAUGCUGAUUAAUGAACUCACUCAAGGAAUGGAGCGAGCUAAGCAGCUUCGGUUUUACUUGUGCACGACUUCUCCUUCCGAAGCUCAUGACCUGCUUCUGCAGAGGAUACUGUCUUCUUACGAGAAAGCUCUAUCGAUUCUCAAGUGGAGCGGAUCAACUGGACAACUCCAGUUAGCUGCACCAACAUCAGGUGCACCAGAAUCGUCAAUAUCUGUUGAUGGAAGUCCACGAAGUGAGGAAUUGAACAAGACAUUCAGGGAACAGCAAGAACACAGAGAUACAUCAAAGAAGAGAAAAAUGUUGCCCUUGUGGACAGAGCAAGUUAGAGUUAACUCUGAAAAUGGACUUGAAGGGCAUAAUGAUGAUGGAUAUAGUUGGAGAAAGUAUGGACAGAAAGACAUUCUGGGAGCUAAAUAUCCUAGAAGCUAUUACAGAUGCACGUACCGUCACGUUCAAAAUUGUUGGGCAACAAAGCAAGUGCAAAGGUCUGAUGAUGAUCCCACCGUUUUCGAGAUCACGUACAAAGGGUCGCACACGUGCAACCAAUCGAAUAAUGCAGUUCAGCCCCCUGCAUCACCAGAAAAUCAAGAAUUGAACCAUAAACCACAGCAACAAAACCAGAUGCUUUUCGACUUGCGAGCAAAACUCAGAGUCAACACGGAGGGCCUAGACAACAAAGAGAUCACGCCCCACUUCUCAUUUCCAUCAACAUUUGCAAGUGUCGACUUUGAGAGUCGUAUUUUUCCAAUCUCCACGCUUGCUGAUGACGUUCACUUGGGUGCCAAUUCUCCUUUGGUCGUAUCUCCAGCCCUGUCUGAAUCAAAUUACUUCUCGGCAUCGUCAACCUACGAGAUGAAGAGAUUUAGGGGUGUUCAUAAUUUGCAACAUUUGGAAUCUGAUAUUGCUGAAAUAGUUUCAGCACAUGCUUCUACAACCAAUUCUCCAAUUGGAGGGAUGGAGUUUCCUAUUGACCCUGUAGAACUAGAUCCAAAUUUUCCAUUCAACGUCCAAGGAUUUUUCACAUAAUCCAACUUUAAACAUUGCAAAAACGGACAAUAAAGAAGAACUGAUGAGUUUAUGGCAGAACUGUGAUGUUUCCUUGUGGUUUCACCAAUUACGAGAUGUCUCAAUAAUAUGAAAUAUUGUAGUCCAGUUUUUAUGUACAUAAACUAUGCUUAAAACAAAAGAAAUUGCGUAGGUUGUGGCAGCAGCGGCAAUCACUGUUUUAUAUAAAAAGUAACAUAUGGUAUUACAA